CUAUUGAUCUUUAUCUCUCUGAUUGCCUACGAAUGGUCAAAGAGGCGAUGAGGCCACAACAUUCGUCACUUCUUAAAAUAGCAUCAGUGCUCAUGGCUGACCGAAGAGAAUAUAAUCCUAACAUGGUAGAGAGUCUUGCAUCGAGUAUCCAAACUCAGACGAGCAGAUGCUGAUUGCACAACACCACUAUUGUCGUCAAAGUAACAUUUCAGCCAGUGGUGGUGAUGGCCGCUCAGAUCAACACUAUGAUAACGAGUUUGAUAGGACUGGUGAUGUUUUGUUUAUUUACUGCUGAGAUAUAUCAUUAUUACGGUCAUCAUAUUAAACUCGUCAUUUCGAGAAGAUCAUUGGGGAAGGGGAAAAAAUUGACGCAUUUGGAAGUCAAAUUCCCUAAGAACUACCAUGCUACCGGAAGGCUCUUUCUCCCUCAUAGCAAGAUCGUGGAGCCGUUUGAAAUUUGGUUUACGUCAGAAUUGAACAGAAGUCGAAUUGACUACUAUUAUGGUACGGACAAGACAUACCAAAGGGCAGACCUUGGCGAAUAUGGGGUGACAUUCAAAGUAGUACCAAUGUACACAGAGAAAGAUGGUAAUUAUAUCGGCUGCUGGAAACUUGAGGGACACAAAGGAUGGCCAAUUAUACCACAGCCUAUUGUGCCCAACAUGACCUACUUUACGUACGCAGGUGAGGAAGUAUACAUGGGCACGCCUGUCACAAAGUGGGAAUACCGCUACCUUGUCUUUGACAUGCUGAAUACUCACACUCUCCUGGUCAGCAAGAUCGGACCAGUCCAUCCCGUGCGGUAUGAGAUGAAGGGUUAUGACAGUCUUAUGGCGAGUUAUUAUGAUAGUUACGUGUUGGAAUAUAUUUCAUUUGAAGAAUGGAAACCUGACUUGGACAAGUUUGAGUUACCAAAAGAUCAAUGGUGCUACAACUGGUCACACUCUUUAGACUCUCAUUUUGUAUCAAAUCCCAUGGGUGAGUUUAUGUCUUAUGGAGAGGACCUGGUGGAUGAGAUGUACCACAUUUACAACCAAAAUCACGGCAAGGUCCAUGAUUCUAAACAUGAACACGUGAAGAGAAAGCACAUUUUCCGCCAUAAUAUGAGGUACAUCAGGUCAAUCAACCGACAGAAUCUUACUUACAAACUGGCUCCGAACCAUUUGGUCGAUCUUACCGACGAAGAAUACGACGGUCAUGGAGGGGCUAACGAGGAUAACAGUACGGAACAUGAAGGAAGUGUUCAUUUGGAGGAACAUGAAGCCCAUAGUAAUAUGAUGUCGGCACCAAAGGCUAUUGAGAUUCCAGAUGAGUUAGACUGGAGAGAUUUCGGGGCAGUAACACCAGUUCGAGGUCAGGGGAUAUGCGGUUCGUGUUACGCCUUAGGAGCCGUAGGAACCGUGGAGGGAGCAUAUUUCCUGAAGACAGGUCGACUUGUUGAACUGUCUGCACAGCAGAUAGUUGAUUGCUCCUGGGGGUCUGGGAACCACGGCUGCAGGGGAGGCUGGUAUAACAAAGCACUCAGCUGGAUUUAUCUGCAUGGAGUAGCGAAGGCAAAGAAUUAUGGGCCUUACUUAGCUCAGGAAGGAACGUGUGAGACCAUUGGACUCAAAGAGCGAAUAAAAAUCGACGCCUUUGCCUUUGUCCCUAAGUACAAUAACAGUGCACUUAAAAGAGCCAUUGCCAAGUAUGGUCCCGUCUGUGUGUCUAUCAAUCAAAAGCCCCUCUCUCUGAAGUUCUACAGCUGGGGAGUCUACGAUAACCCCGAGUGUGAUAACAGCUCUACACUCCACACGGUUCUGGUGGUUGGUUAUGGCAAAGAGAAUGGAGUUCCUUAUUGGUUGGUAAAAAAUUCGUGGUCCGCGACCUGGGGAAUUGACGGUUACAUCAAAAUGGCAUGGAAAGGCAACAUUUGUGGAGUUACAAAGAACCCUGUGGUGGCCUUAAUGAAUCACACUACUUUUCAGUUUCCUGUCAAGGAGAAAAUUAACAAUGCUUAUCCAUUGAAUCCAAAGUUUAUGGGAAGGAAAAUACAUGCACAACAUAGGCCAGGUAAAAACAGAAAUGGAUCUAAAAGCGAAUCGAUCUCGUCUGGUGAUAAAAAUAGUAAGGGAAGAGUUACUUCAAUUUCAACUAAGGACUACUUGGGGCACUCAGACGGGAAAAACGGAGAAAAGUCUUUUGGAGUUAAGGAAUCUACAAGAACUUUAAACAGAAAUAAAUCAAAUAAAGUAAUUGUAAAUAAAGAUGAGAAAGGUAAGGUCGAGAUGAACCAAAAAAUUUACUCAAGGAAGGAGGAAUUAGCAACGAAAAGCGUCGAUGAAAGCAUAGGAAAGACUUCCAAUAUGGAUAUUCCACCACCUACCUCUAAGACUUUCGACUUUUAUUUAAAAAGAGAUGGAAAUAAUGCGGAUAGAACGCCACAGUUAACUAAAUCACCAGAAAUUUUAGCAAAUGAUUUUUACGAGGGUUACAAUGUUUACAGGAGCGAGAAUUUUUCACCCUAUGGUAAUCGUGACUCAGCUUAUAAAUAUCCAGAGGAGAAUAAUGCGUGGACUCAAACGAGAACUUAUACCGAGCCAAGAUAUUUCAUCCCCUCAUAUGAUUACACUGCCUAUGAUUCGUAUCCUGUGGAGUUAGCGGCACCUUAUGAUAAAAAUUAUGAAUUGAGGAGCGAUAAAGAUCCAUGGUAUCCUAGCGACAGGAAUCAGUGGUAUCUUAGCAACAACGCCGCUCCAGGAAUUGAUACUCAAAACAAUAAAAUACAAAAUGAUUUAGAGACUUUACCAUCUCAAAUGGUAGCAAAAACACAUGAACCAGUAAAUGCAAAAGAUCAUGGCAUGAUUAGAACAGAAGCACAAUCAACUGAUUCAACGAGAACUACAACAGUUACAGCAACAACAGCAACGAAGAGAACGAAGCAGCUUAAUAGCCGACCACGCCCAGCCAAACCUCCCAGACAUUACACCGGUAAAUUACAAGAAAUUUAUGAAAAUCUUGAAAGAGUCAUUGCAUCCAGCCUGAAGAAGAACACAAGACUUCGCGGUUAACAAUAGUGUUUUUACGCCUGCUACGACAGAUGAAAUUAGGUUUUACGUAUCCUGAUAAAUUCUACCCUCCUUUCUUUCCACGUGUUUCUUUUGCAGUAUCUUUAAAUAUUCUCCUUCCUCGCUCAUCUCUUCUUCCUGUUGGGUCAUUAUUGGCUCUUUCAUACUUUUUUUUUCUUACGGAGCUAAUACUUCGAGUGCUUCUUCAAGUUAAAAAUAGUUUCGCAAGUCACCACUUAAGAAAUAAAAUGUUUUGAAUUGCUCCUUUGGCAACAACAUGAAUGAUAACAAACAAAUCAGUCCAAAAAAUAAUGGCUGAAAAUUAUUAGAUGUUGAUUGAGCAGUAUAUUGCUGCCUACACGUGGAAGAAUUGACCAGGCUGCAAAUGGCGGCUAGAAAUACUCGAUUUAUUGUUGCCUCUCAAAUAUGUAUAAUAGAGGAAGA